CCUGCCUCUUGUACUCAAGGUGGGAAAAUACAGGUCUGUUUGUUGUACUCCCAAACAGUUUUCAAUUUUCCAUUAGCAGAAGUCACUUGAAGCCAUGUGAAUUGUAACUUGAUCAUACUCCCAAAUAGAACACAGAAGCUAUUAUUACUACAGCUUCACAGGGAAAGGUCACAGCUAGGCAUGGGAAAGACCUCCCAUCCCUCUGGCUGGAGCUCUUUACUUGCUGGGCUAGUCUCCCUUCCUCGGCAUGCUCAGUUUCACACUAUUUACUUACUGCUGAUCAACCCUGGAACAUCUGUGAUCCUAAAGCCAAUCAAUACAAAUCAUAUCCAACUUAUUUAAGCACAUAUUGGAGCUUGUCUCUAGAGUCAUGGACAUCUGCAGUACUGGAUGCUCACUCAUUUGGCAAGAAGUCAACAUUUCAGGAAGCACUUUGAAUGUUUUGGUCUGAGAACUAAUGCAGCAUAUUUCCCUCUGAUCAACACAAGCAGCCCAGGCAAAAAACAAAGUCUGUUUGCCUCACUAUCAGCCAGAAGCUACACUUACUUGCUGACCCAAUCUUACCUACGGAGACCAUAAGAGACUGGAAAAAAAUGACCUUUGCCUCCACAAGUUACAAAAUGACCAACUCCACCACCACACAGCCUCCAGAACAGCCCUGCCCCAGGAACACCCUUAUCACCCAGCAAAUUGUCCCUGUACUGUACUGUAUGAUCUUUGUGGCAGGAAUCAUCCUCAAUGGAGUGUCAGGAUGGAUAUUCUUCUAUGUGCCCAGUUCCAAGAGUUUUAUUGUCUAUCUCAAGAACAUUGUUGUUGCUGACUUUCUUAUGGCCCUGACUUUUCCUUUCAAGAUCCUACGUGACUCAGGCCUGGGUCCCUGGCAGCUGAACAUGUUUGUAUGUCGAGUCUCUGCUGUGCUUUUCUAUGUAAACAUGUAUGUCAGCAUCAUGUUCUUUGGGCUCAUCAGCUUUGAUAGGUAUUAUAAAAUUGUGAAGCCCAUCUUGACCUCUUUGAUCCAAUCAGUGAAUUCCAGCAAACUGUUGUCUGUGGUGGUAUGGGUGCUCAUGCUCUUUCUUGCUGUUCCUAACAGCAUUCUGACCAACCAAAGUGUGAGCAAUGUUACAGAAAUACAGUGCAUGCAACUUAAAAAUGAACUAGGACGGAAGUGGCACAAAGCCUCAAACUACAUCUGCCUGGGCAUCUUCUGGACUGUGUUUCUCCUACUUAUCAUUUUCUACACUGCUAUCACAAGGAAAAUCUUUAAGUCUCAUCUUAAGUCCACAAGAAAUUCCACGUCAGUCAAAAGGAAAUCUAGCCGCAACAUAUUCAGCAUUGUGUUGGUAUUUUUUGUCUGCUUUGUACCUUACCACAUCGCCAGAAUCCCCUACACACAAAGUCAGACAGAAGCUCAUUACAGCUGCCAGUCAAAAGAGAUCUUGCACCAUGUGAAAGAAUUCACUCUGCUACUCUCUGCUGCAAAUAUAUGUCUGGACCCCAUUAUUUAUUUCUUCUUAUGCCAGCCAUUUAGAGAGAUCUUACAUAAAAAGCUGCACAUCUCAUUAAAAGCCCAGAAUGAUCAAGACACUUCCAAAUCCAAAAGAGGAACUACAACUCAUGAAAGUAUCGACACUUUGUGAAUUCCCCUGCCCUCUUCCAUAUAAAGUUAAUGUGGGUGUGUCGACUGCAUAUUAAGGAAAAAUAUGCCUGUGAUAAUUAACAUAUUUGGUAUUAUCCAAUAUUAAUUUUCAGUAUCA